CCCCAGUGGCAUCCGAACCUAUACACUCUUCCAAAUUUACCUCCUUGGCUAAAACCUUUCGAAGUGGUGCCGUAUUCCCCUCCUCCCCCAUAAAACAGCAGACUCGCAGACAAAAAAAAUCUGAUUAUGAGAGUUCCCACGUUAAAUUCAUGGAGGAUAAAAAACGUGAGAUCUCCCCUCGGUCUCCUGCCCCGGAGAAGAUUCGGUGAAGAUGAGUCGCUACGUUCAGAGGGGGUUUCCCCCCCAAAGCGAGGGGGGAAUUGCUUGAAAUAGCCGAUCUGAGAGGAAGAACCGGACUCCCAGUGGUUCGCCGGUGACAUAUUCGACCUAAUCCUGGUUGAAUUUUGCAAAUCGGCGGUGCCAGUGCCUAGCCAGCCCACGGGACAGCGCUAAGCCCUGAUUCAGCAUGGGAUCGAUUUCCUCUGUUGGUGUUUAUUAGCUGGGCACCAGGUAACAUUUACUACUAAGUAACCGAGCGGCCCAGAAUCGGCGCGCACACUUUGAUCUGGCGUCCAAGGCGGAACCCGCAGCUGGCCGACUAGCCGGUUAGCUCAGCUCACGGACUCAUGCGGACUUAAAUGGGGAGGAAGCGGCAGCCCCGGGGUCGAAACGCGACGUCGGUCCACGGAUCGCGCCGGAGCUCGGAUGCGUGAAGCUCUGUUGUCUCGGCACUCAGUUUGAGCCGCGGGACUGUGGCCGUUGUUUUGCUUUUCUUUUUCUUUUUCUUUUUUGCACAACGACGCCGGUGAUCCGCCAGCUGUUUUAUGUAAACUUGGCUGCCGGGGAGGGAAAGAGCGGACAGGCUCGUGCGGCUCGACUCGCGCUCGACCGCGGCAGCGCGUGCAGCGGAGCCAUGCAAGCGCCACAGCUGCAGUACGACUUCUUCAGCGAGGAGAACUCCCCGAAAUGGCGGGGGCUGCUGCUUCCGUCCCUGAACAAGGUGCUGAGCCAGGUGCACCCCAAGCUGUCGUCGAAGGAGGACGCGCUGCAGUACAUCGAGGAGCUGAUUCUGCUGCUGCUCAGCAUGCUGUGCCAGGCGCAGCCGCGCACCGUGCAGGAUGUGGAGGAACGGGUACAGAAAAGUUUCCCUCAUCCCAUUGACAAGUGGGCCAUAGGGGACGCCCAGGCAGCAAUAGAGAAGAGGAAGAGGAGGAACCCAUUAGCACUGCCUGUGGAUAAGAUCCAUCCCCUGCUCAAGGAGGUAUUAGGGUACAAGAUCGACCACCAGGUGUCAGUUUACAUAGUGGCCGUGCUGGAGUACAUCUCUGCGGACAUUCUGAAGCUGGCCGGUAACUAUGUGCAGAACAUCCGGCACUACGAGAUCUCGCAGCAGGACAUCAAGGUGGCCAUGUGUGCCGACAAGGUGCUGAUGGACAUGUUCCACCAGGACGAGGAGUAUAUCAGCGGCUUCCCUCCCAUGGACGAGGAGCCGUCCGUGUCGGGGGAGCAGACCUACUACGACCUGGUGCGGUCCUUCAUGGCGGAUGUGCGGCAGUAUUUACGUGACCUCAACCUCAUCAUCAAGGUGUUCCAGGAGCCCUUUGCCUCCAAUGCCAAGCUCUUCUCCCACAAUGACGUGGAGAACAUCUUCAGCCGCAUCAUGGACAUCCAGGAGUUGAUGCUGAAGCUGCUGGGACUCAUCGAGGACACCGUGGAGAUGACCGACGAAGACAGUCCCCACCCCUUGGUGGGCAGCUGCUUUGAGGACCUGGCCGAGGAGCUGGCGUUUGACCCGUACGAAUCGUAUGCCCAGGAUAUCUUGCGGCCCGGCUUCCAAGACCAUUUCCUGAGUCAGCUGUCUAAGCCGGGAGCAGCACUCUACCUCCAGUCUAUAGCCGAAGGCUUUAAAGAAGCUGUCCAGUACGUCCUGCCCAGGCUGCUCCUGAACCCGGUCUACCACUGUCUACACUACUUUGAGAUCCUCAAGCAACUAGAAGAGAAGAGUGAGGAUGAAGAAGACAAGGAGUGCCUGAAGCAGGCCAUCACCGCCCUGCUCAACCUGCAGAGCAGCAUGGAGCGGAUCUGCUCCAAGAGCCUGGCCAAGCGAAGACUCAGCGAGUCGGCCUGCCGCUUCUACAGCCAGCAGAUGAAGGGCAAGCACCUGGCCAUCAAGAAGAUGAACGAGAUCCAGAGGAACAUCGACGGCUGGGAGGGCAAGGACAUCGGGCAGUGCUGCAGCGAGUUCAUCAUGGAGGGCACGCUGACGCGCGUGGGCGCCAAGCACGAGCGCUACAUCUUCCUGUUCGACGGCCUCAUGGUGUGCUGCCGUGCCAACCACGGGCAGCCGCGGCUGCCAGGCGCCGGUGCUGCCGAAUACCGCCUCAAGGAGAAGUUCCUGAUGCGCAAGGUGCGCGUGAGCGACCGCGACGACGCCGGCGAGUGCCGGCACGCCUUCGAGGUGACGCCGCGGGACGGCGCCGCUGUGGUCUUUGCCGCCAAGACGGCGGAGGAGAAGAGCAGCUGGAUGGCGGCGCUGGUGUCGCUGCAGUACCGCUCCACGUUGGAGCGCAUGCUGGACCUGGCCGUGCUGCGGGAGGAGAAGGAGGAGCGGGUGCGCCUGCCGCGGCCCGAGCUGUAUCGCUUCGCCGAGCCCGACUCUGAGGAGAACGUCGUCUUCGAGGAGAACGUGCAGUCCAAGUCGGGCAUCCCCGUCGUCAAGGCCGGCACCGUGCUGAAGCUCAUCGAGCGACUCACCUACCACAUGUAUGCAGAUCCCAAUUUUGUGCGGACCUUUCUGACAACGUAUCGGUCAUUCUGCAAGCCGCAGGAGCUGCUGACUCUGCUUAUGGAGCGGUUUGAGAUCCCAGAGCCCCAACCCACAGAGGCGGACCAGAUGGCGAUAGAGAACGGGGACCAACCACUCAGCGCCGAUCUGAAGCGCUUCCGGAAGGAGUACGUGCAGCCAGUCCAGCUCAGGGUUCUGAAUGUCUGCCGGCACUGGGUGGAGCACCACUUCUACGACUUUGAACGCGACCCAGAACUUCUCAGACGCCUGGAGGAGUUCAUCGGCAUGGUCCGAGGCAAAGCCAUGCGGAAGUGGGUCGAGUCCAUCACCAAGAUCAUCCAGCGGAAGAAGCAGGCGCAGGCCAACGGGUCCAGCCACAACAUCACCUUUGAGAGCCCCCUCCCGCCCAUCGAGUGGCACAUCUGCAAGCCAGGCCAUAUGGAGCACUUUGACCUCUUGACCCUCCAUCCCAUCGAAAUCGCCCGCCAACUCACUCUGCUGGAGUCAGACUUCUACAGGGCGGUCCAGCCCUCGGAGCUGGUGGGCAGCGUCUGGACAAAGGAGGACAAGGAGCUCAACUCGCCAAACCUCCUGAGGAUGAUCAGGCAUACCACCAACCUCACACUCUGGUUUGAGAAGAGCAUCGUGGAGACUGAGAACCUGGAGGAGAGAGUGGUGGUGGUGUCACGCAUCAUCGAGAUCCUGCAGGUUUUCCAAGAGCUCAACAACUUCAACGGCGUGCUGGAGGUGGUGAGCGCCAUGAACUCCUCGCCUGUCUACAGGCUGGACCAUACUUUCGAGCAAAUCCAGAGCCGUCAGCGGAAGAUUCUGGAAGAGGCGCAUGAGCUGAGCGAGGACCACUACAAGAAAUAUCUGACAAAACUCAGGUCUAUCAACCCCCCCUGUGUGCCUUUCUUUGGAAUCUACCUAACAAACAUCCUGAAGACGGAGGAGGGAAACCCGGACUUCCUGAAACGCCAUGGCAAGGACCUGAUCAACUUCAGCAAGCGGAGGAAGGUGGCCGAGAUCACUGGGGAGAUCCAGCAGUACCAGAACCAGCCGUACUGCCUGCGGGUAGAGAGCGACAUCAGGGUCAGUACCCUCGCUUCGCAGCCUCCUGUUUCAGGUCUGCAUCAUUUCCGAUAUUGUUCCCCUCUGUCUCGGGAAACGCAGAAAUUCUUCGAAAACUUAAAUCCCAUGGAUGACAUGAUGGAGAAGGAGUUCACAGACUACUUGUUUAACAAGUCCCUGGAGAUUGAGCCGCGGAGCGCCAGGACCCUGCCCCGAUUCGCGAAAAAAUAUAACUAUUCCCUGAAGUCCCCCGGGGUGCGUCUGUCAAGCGCGCGGCCUGGCACCAUGCGGCACCCGACGCCGCUACACAGCGAGCCGCGCAAGAUCAGCUACAGCCGCAUCCCCGACAGCGAGGUGGAGAGCGCAGCCUCGGCGCCCAAUUCGCCCCGCACCCCGCUGACGCCGCCGCCCGCCUCGGGGGGCUCCAGCGCCACCGACAUCUGCAGCGUCUUCGACUCCCCCCAGGGCCCGUCCAGCCCCUUCCACUCAAACAGCGAGCCGAUCUUUGUCCCGAUCUCGCUGCCCCAUGGCCCACGUUAGUAUGAGCUUUCUGUCUCGAUCCCCACGGCUGGCGUCGAUUCUGUCAUCCUGCUCUGCUGCUCACGUGUUGGCUGCCUGGCACCAUGCAUGUUGUGCCCCCCCCCCCCCCAUGUGCUGCCUCCUCAUCUGCGUAACAUCCAUUAUUAAACCCCCCCCCAGCUCCACCCCCCCAUCUAUGUGUUUAUCUUUUCCUCUAUGAAGUUCAGCUGUGUGUAGCCCCACUACAGCCAAAGCAGACCCUAAUUUGCAGCCUAAUGGAAUCGCUGGAAGGUUUGGCUUUUCCCCCCCCAAUCGUGUCGUCCUGACGACAUGAUGCGAAAGUUGUUCAUUGGCCACUGCUUGGAGUUUCAAAGUGUUGACAAGUGUGUUGCCGGGUCACACCAGAGUCGUUCCCAUCGUCCGCUGCACCUGCUGUAUUUGUGCUGCUGAAAGCCUCGGAAUUUGUAUUCGUCUGCUUGUCGUCGUGUCCAUGGCCUCUCUGGAUUCGCUUCACCAUCCCGCGUCCAUGCACAAGUGUUCUGUGGUUCACCAUUUGAUGUGAAGUGAUGCUGCUCGGAAUCUCAAAAACGACAUUGUGUCUGAUUUCAGUCGACUAUUCUGACGGUAUUUAUGUGGUGAUACGUCGUCCUUGGUGGGUUGACAGUACACCUGUACUGUCCUUCAGCAAAACCCUUAACCCCCAGUGGCUCCAGGGAUUCUGACCAUGUUUUCUCAGACAUGUGCGUUGCUUUGAAUAAAAGCAUUUUGUUGUAGGAAGUCGUCAUUUCAAUGCCCGCUGCCCAACCCUGAUUUUCCAUUCGCCCCGGCAGUAACACACUGGCACCUUUCGUGUUCAGCGCCAUGACACCGCGGUCCAAUGAACUUGGCCGAGGUCUGAAGAAGUUGCUUUUGCCUCGUCCAUUCCCAGGAUCCUCCUCGGUCUCCUCCAUGGCAAGCUUCAACCGGAGCACCGAGGACGCCCCUGUGCCCCCGCCGGUGCCCCCCCGCCGGCGGCCUGAAUCUGCGCCCGCUGAGUCGUCGCCC